UGAAAUUUUUUAACGAACAUAAAUAACCAACCACUCACGUUCAGUGCAGAGCAUUGUACAAACUAGAUAUACAUUUUUUCUUAUAUCGUUUUUCCGAAUCUUGCGAUUUCACAUCAACAAGUUACAUUCAAAAUUUUGUGAGCUCGAGUGUUAAAUUAACUGCCGGCAAAAUUAUAUUCACGUGGUUUUUGUUUUAUUUACUUUCCAAUAAAAAAACCGACCGCAAAAUGUCGUCAACCGAUGACAAAACCGAUAGCGGCUCAAAAAAUAAGCUGGAUAUCGAAGCAUUUAGACAUCAUUUACUUAACUACAGAACAAAGGCAGACGAUUCGGAAUCUGAUCUAUACCAAUUCGAUUUGGACUCUAGUUUCAAGCGUAUGCUUGACGAAAAACGACAAGCUACCAACAAAGAGAACAAUCCACCAUCGACUGAACCAUCAACAUCAUCAACCAAUCCACCGGAAAAACCAAUGCGCAAAGAUUUGAUGAAAGAACGUUUGCGAAGCCGUAUUGACGAUUCGUAUAUGGAUCAAUCAUACAUGAUGGAAUAUAGCGUUGGCAGUGAAAUGGAAUUUUCAACGAUAAAUCGUCUAAUGGCUGAUUUCAAUAUAAAUCGUGAUUCGUCGGUGUGCCAAAAACGGUCACCAUUGAAAAUGUUGAAAAUAACUGGCGACUCACUGAACGAAAAUGGAUUUUCGUAUCAAAUUCAACGUUCGGAAAAUUCAACCGAUGCAACCAAUCAACCAAGAAAUCAAGCAACCAAUGAUCUAGCUGCUACUGCAUCGGCCAACAUUGCGGAUGAUACACUAGAAGAGAUUGAAUAUGUUUUAGAUCGUGGUUUGAACUAUGUACCAAAGCGACUUAUUAACGAGAUAAAGCAGACACCGAAAGAUGGAUUAGAAAAGUGUGAAAAUCAAACGGAUGAGAUGAAAACCUAUGAAAAUGACGAAAACCAAGAAAACAACGAGAAUCAAGAGAAUAUUGAAAAUGAUGUUGAAAAAAAGAUAAAUACAUUUUCUGAUUAUAAAACUGAAGGAAAUUUCUAUGAAGAUGAAAUAAUUGUGCUCGAUUCCAGUCCAGAGACUAGUUUUGCAACAACACAAAAUACAGAAUGUUUUAAAUCAGCAUUCGAAUCCAAUGAGACGACAUAUCAUACAGCAAAAUCCGAUCUGAACAAUGUGUCUGUGGUGUCAAUUGAUUCAGAUUCGGAUUCAGCUAUCAAUGAAUCGAUGAACAAAUCAGAAAUUGAAAAUUCCAAUCAAAUGAUUGCCCAAGAUUCUGGCGAAGGAAGUUUAGAAUUGAAUGCAAGCGUUCAAAAUGAUGUCACAUCGUCUAGUGAUAAAUAUGGUGACAUGCCCAAUUUUAAUGAUACAUUAGAGCGCGUGGAAUACAUGAUGGAACAAGGGCGUAUGAUGAUGCUCGAUAAAAAUGCAAGAAAUACACCCAUUCAAAAUGUAAAGUCACAAAAUGCACAGAAGAAAACACCGAUUUCGCAAACAAAGAAAACACCGAUUUCGCAAACAAAAAAAACACCGAUUUCGCAUACAAAGAAAACACCAGUUUCGCAAACAAAGUCAAAAGUUUUAACGCCCAGUUCAUCGUCGGCGAAGAAAACUGGCAACGCUGGUGGUGUCAAGCAUUUUACACCAAACAAUGCCGAUUUAUUCAAACGGCCAGAUCAACGCACUGUACGUUCACCAUUUGGAGCCAAAUCGGCGUCAGCAUCAAAAGCUCAUGCACCACCACAACAUUCACGCAUCCCAAUGAAAACUAGUUCAUUGCAGAAACCACAAUUUCGUCAUAUUGCCAGUCCGAUUGCAGCUUAUAUAAAUAACACACCAGAAGUUCCGCUUAUAAAAACAGUUCGACCAGCACGAAACUUACAUAUGGAAGACUUCAAUAAGAUGUAUCCAUCGACAUCGUCACUUGAUGAAAGUACACAAAGUGUUGAAAUAUUACCAAUGAAAUCGGCAUUGCCACGUAAAAUGUACAUAUCGGCACCACAACGAAAGAUCAUUGAUCAACGGCACAUGGUUACGCCAGGCGGCCAAAGUGUUCAGAAACUGAUUGGUCCAGCACCAUUGGUAAUUCGUCAUGACGGUAAAGUAAAAAGUCAACAGAAUCAGGGACGCGCAGUUGCGCAAAUGUUCGAAGACAGUUUGGCUGAUCUUUCAAUUGCAUCUGGUGAUAUUUCAGUCCAAGUUGUUCAAGAUGUUCAUCGCAAAAAUUAAACACACGACUGACACGAUAUUAUGCUUUUUUUUAUCUCUCUCAAGUUUGUCAUACGUAUUAUGUAUUUUUCAAUCCAUAUUUUAUCAAAUAAAGUUCCAAUAAUUUAAA